GCAGCCUCUCAAUCAUGGGCGCCGUCUGGUCCGCCCUGCUGGUCGGAGGCGGUCUGGCCGGGGCGCUUUUCCUUUGGUUGCUGCGGGACGGCCCUGGGGACAAGGGGAAUGAGGGGGUCGCGGAGCUGAAAGACGCCCCUCCUGGGGAGACUGCGGCUCCCGGAGGAGAUCGGGGUGGCGGCGGGAGACUGAGUCCUGGACCUUCCGGGCGGGAGCCGGUCACCACACCAGACCAUCUUCAAGAAAGCAAUGGAUGUUUGAGUUCAGAGACCAAAGGCGUUGGUAACCUAGGUAACCUGCAGGAAGCAGCACAGAGACUGCAGAGUCCUUCUGGAGAAGAUGGUGACCGUGACAAUUCAAGACAACAUGUUCCUUCUGGACAGUCUCCAGACACAAAAUCUCUAGCUACCUCUGAAACUGGUCACUCUAGGGGUUACUCUGAAGUUUCAAGUAAUGUAAGCCUUGAUCCUACAGGAGAAUGGGGGUUCCAAAAAGGACAAGAGGCACCUGCUAAAGCAGCUACAUGUUUUUCCGAGAAGCUGACUUCUAGCAACCAGCUAAUGGACAGAACUAAAGAAGUGAGCCAUCCACAGUUGGACAGUUCAGACCCGGCUGACCAGGACUGGGAAAUGGUGUCCAGGCAUUCAUCUUGGGGAGAUGCUGGUUUGGGUGGUAGCCUUGAGGCUCUAGUGGUAAGCCCAAGCCAGGGAAUGGACUAUGGCAGAAGUGUUCUUGUGGAAUCAAGAGGUCAGGAAGUAGAUGUAAAAACAAAAAAGGUAGUGGCAAUGUUUCCAGAGCCUCGGCAAGUCAAUGUCAGGUUCCAGGUCCACUAUAUCACAAGCACUGGUAAGCAAUUCAUUGCAGUAACUGGAGACCAUGAGAGUCUUGGGAGAUGGAACACUUACAUCCCACUCCAGUAUAGCAAGGAUGGGUUCUGGUCUCGUUCUAUUUCCCUGCCAGUCAAUACAGUGGUGCAGUGGAAGUUUGUAGUGGUAGAGAAUGGGGAGGUUACCCGCUGGGAAGAAUGCAGCAACAGAUUCCUAGAGACUGGCCAUGAGGAUAAAGUGGUUCAAGAGUGUUGGGGGAUUCACUGAUUCGGGCUGCAAGGUACUGGAGAAUCUGUUGCAGAAUGGGAAAGAGGCUAAGGUUGUGGAGCACACUGAAUAAUUUAAAAUAAAGGAAGUGUGACUCCAAAUUUAGUCAUUAGAGUUGUUUCAAAUUUGCUAGUGGCUUUUGUUUAAUGUGCAGAAACAUACGUAGAUGAUGCUUCCAGUGAACAUGGACUUUUCUUCCUGUGGUAUUGACGAGUUUGUGCGGAUCCAUCAUUACUUUAGGGCUUGGUCCUCUUGGCAAGAGUGACUUGGCUAAGCUUCAUGGAGCACAGAAACUAACCAAUCACCCAGGUCUCAAGCCUGAGCCUCUGGGUAAGCCUUAAAUCAAGGGAGUAAAACAUGCGUCAUCCAAAGAUCAUCAUAUUUCCUAUUGGUACAGCUGGAGAAGCACUCUUUACUACAUGCACAUUUUAUAUUUAAAAAUAGUUAACAUUGUAUGGGACUGUGAUCAGAAAAUACCUGGUCCCCAGAUGUGAUUAGCAAGGAUAUGAGGUAAUGCUUUAAGACUCCCCAAUUUUCUUUUGUGCUAGACUUUACCGCCAGGUGUGGUUUUGAAGGCAGCAAAUAUGUCUUUGUCUUAAUGCUCUAAGACUGGUGUAGAAAAAAGGGGCCUAAUCAGAGUUAGUUAUCAGGAGCACUCUAUGAGAAAAGAGAACAUGAAUGGGGUUAGGAGGUGGGCUGAGCGAGGUGGCCUGAAGAUACCACUUAGAGGACUGGGAGGUACAGUUACAGCCUAGACUCCAGGGAGGGACCCUCAUCAUUUAUACAUGGGGCCUUUGUAGGACCGACUCUCCCCCCCGCCUGUCCCCUCACACCAUAUCUGGACUGAUGAUCAGAUGAACUGUCCUAUAGCAGUUGUUUCCAUCCUUCACCCUCUUCCCUUUCCUCUCAUACUAACAGCCAUCUUGGAUAACGAAUUUAUACAGGGCAGUAAUACAGAAGUACAUCUAUGCUCUGAGAAGAAAUAAACAUUCAAACUUUAAGUUAUUCUAACUGAGCAAAUAAUAAAACCUCAAUGUCUGAAUUAUUUGCCUAACUCUUAGUACCAUAACCGCUUGGAUGCAAAAUAAAAUACUAAUAUCUUCCUGCACUAAUAACAGACACUAAGAGAAAAGCAAACAUCAAGAGGCAUACAAGAUAUAUGAAGAGUCUGUUUUUCUCCUUCCUUUGGAGAAAAAAGCUUAGAAUAUGUAUUUUUAAAAAUUUACCUUUGCUUGGAGAGAAAUUCAGCAUGCCUG